AAUAAAUAUAAGUGAAAAAUUAUGAACACGGAAAUGGAAAUUGAGAACAACUACGAUAGGGACAAACUCAUCGUCCUCUCUCUCUUUCUCUCUCUAUCCUUUGUACUGCUAGGGUUCCCAUUACGUUUACAGCAGCACAACCUAAAGCAAAUCUUCUUUUUCGAUUUCGCUGCUCUCGUCAAAGAAUCUGCUCAAAUGGCAAUUGUUGCAGAUCCUGGACCAAUUGAUAAGUCUGUGCUAUAUGAUCAAGAGAACCAUGUCUCCUCAGCUGUUUGGGAUGGGCAGGAGCGAGGCGUGCUUAGAUGUCAUGAACACACUUCGAUGCUGGUACAGUGGAAGCUCACCCGAAAACAAAUUGAGUUGGUUGAGAAGGCGGGAUUUGGGUACCUUAGAUUGAUCCCCUCGUUUUCGCUCGAUAACUCGCUCAUCUCAGCUCUAACUGAGAGGUGGAGGAGAGAAACCAAUACGUUUCACUUGCCUGUAGGAGAAAUGACCAUAACCCUUGAGGAUGUUGGGCUGAUACUUGGUCUGGCAAUUGAAGGAAACCCUGUGGUAGGUCCACAAUCAAACUCACCUAGUGUAGUUUGUGAGAAGCUACUAGGAAAAGCCCCGGAGGACCUGAAUGGCGGAAUGUUGAAGCUUACUUGGUUGAAAAAGUGCUUUUCCAAGUGUCCUGAGGAUGCAUCAACUGAAACAAUUGAGCGCUAUACGCGCGCUUAUAUCCUGUAUCUCGUUGGCAGCACUAUAUUUUCCACAACAACUGGGAACAAAGUCUCUAUCAUGUAUCUCUCUUUCUUUGAAAAUUUUGAGGAAGCGGGAAAAUUUGCAUGGGGAGCAGCAGCACUGUCGUUCCUUUAUAGGACUCUUGGUAAUGCCUCUAUCAAAUCUCAAGGCACCAUUAGCGGCUCUUUGACUCUAUUACAGUGUUGGAGUUAUUUUCACCUUAACAUUGGGCGACCAAAGAUCAAUGAGGAUCCAAGUGGUAACUUCCCAUUUGCACUUAGGUGGAAAGGAAGACAAAGUGGACCAAGAUCAACCUCCAAUAUAGUUGCUUAUCGCAAGGCCUUAGAUAACCUCACAUCUAGUGAUGUUCAGUGGCUUCCCUACAAAGAUAUAGAUUUUGCAGUGGUACCUGAUCACAUAAAAGACAAUUUGAACUUGAAGUUAGCAAGGACUAUGCUGAUAUGCAUUGACAAGGCAGAAAGACACAUGCCAGAUCGUUGCUUAAGGCAGUUUGGCUCGCCUCAGCCAAUCCCACAGAAGGUCAAGCGAUGGGAGAAAAGGAUCCGAUCUGGUGAUCAAGGGAUAGAUUUGACAAAAGAUACAGAAUUAAAGGCCAAAGGAAAAGUGCACGCAGAGGUAAAGGAUUUGACAAAAGAUACAGAAUCAGAGACUAAAGGAAAAGUGCACGCAGAGGUAAAGGAUUGGUUGGACCGCAAACAACAUAUUGUGGAUGGUGUUGAUGAUGUGGAUGAAAGUGAGUACAUGCAGUGGUAUGAGAAAAUUACCCGUAAAUUUAUCGGGCAACCUGAAUCACUCGAAUCCGAGUUUCAGAGGACGGUUGCUGCUAUAAAGGAAAUUGAAAACAUAGCUGAUUCAGUGUUGAUAGAUCAGAUCGAUUCUCGAGAUAAAAAGUUGUUUAACGAGAUUAAGAACUCUGUGCAUAGCUGUUUGACGGAGAUUAUUGGUGAGCCACGAAAGGGAAGACGCAAGAGUGCUGCAAAACGCAAACGGUCCAACAAUUCCAACAGUAGGGAUGACACAACAGAUUAGUUGAAAAAGCUGUUCCGAGGAGUCAUACGCUUUUUAUGUUCCUCGUGGCAAAUAUGCUCAAGUUGUAGAAUUGUUGCUUUUAAAUUCCCGUAGGUAGGUUGUGUCAUUAUGAUAUUGUAGGUUUGACUAGGUUUAAGUUAAUGAUUGUAAGGAGAACUUGAGAACCUGGUUCGGUUGGUUUAAAUUUAUUGUAGAUA